UUCACUCCAUUCACAAUAACGACAAACUGAGGUCGGCGAUUUGCUAGUGAGAAACGGACGAGUUGGCAGCCCGGCCACAUAUUUUGGUUUAUCGCCGCAAAGAAAGUAUAUUUUAUACGCGCAUUAAAGAAUAAUGAGCAUGGACGACUUAAUGCGGGCGCUGGAUUGGAUGAAUGUAGAAACAACACUGCAACACGCGGCCUUGGCGUCCGAGGCAUGCACCGGCAGGACUUUGGGCGCGGAUCGGGAACCCUUGUGGGUGGAGGGCCGUAAAAGUAGUCCAGUGGCAAACGCAAUACCAGAGGACCUACCAGUUCCAAAGGAAGAGAUUCCCCUCGUCCCGAGGACCAAUUGGGAGCCCAGUAUUUCCUGCUUUCCCGAUGCACAGGCCAUCAACGCCAGCAUUGUGAAGCGGGAACUGGAGGAGGAGGGCAAAAGGUGUGUCCGCCAGCAGCUGAAAGUCCUGAAGGACAGACAGGACGCCAGGCGCCUCUCCCGCGAAUCCCAGCAAAAGCAGGAGGAGAGCCAGCUCCAGCAGAAGGCACUGCGGGAACGCAACGAAAUCCUGCUCAACCAGAAGGCCGACCAGAUGACCAAGGUCCAACUGGAGGCACAGCAACGCGAGCAGUUGGCCCUGCGCCAACAGACUGCAAAGCUGCACAAGCUUGCCCUGGAGGGCGUGUCCCGCUGCCAAAGGAGAUUCAACCAGAAGUACGAGGGCAUCGCUCGGAUACUGCUCUCCCUGGACAAGGAAACGGUCCAGGUGUGCUCCACCCAGAACACACAGCUUAAGGAGCUGGGCCAGAAAUUCGAACAGCUCGUGAGCACGGUAAAAAUGGGCAAGUGCGAGAUGCAGAGCCAGUUUCUGUGCUCCAUCAUCAAGGCGGAGGAGUGCUGCAAGAGUCUGGAUGCCUUGGAGUUGGACAUUAUCAAGCAGCUGGCCGAGUUCUCCGAGCAAAUCCAGCAGCAACUCAAGCAGGAGGCGGACAAGAAGCUGGAGGAGGAGCGACAGAGGCAGCUGGCGGAGGAGGAGAAGCAGCGUCAGGAGAAGGAAGCGUCGGAGGCCAAGGCAAAGCAGCAGCAGGCCGAGGCUGCCAAGGCAGAACCGGCCCAAGUUCAAGCUGCGCCGGAGCCAAAAAGCCAAGACGUACCCCCUGCCGCCGACCCUACAGCCUCUACUUGUGUCCACCCAGACCGACUUAAGUUCUACAACGACAUCAUCUCGCUGUAUCAGUCCAAAGUGGAUGCCGUGAAGCCGCUCCAGACGGAGGAGUCGCUGAAGCAGUACCGCACUGGCUGCCAGAGGGCCAUCAACCUGCCCCUCAACGCCAUCUCGGCCGUCAGUCCGCAGCAUCUGGGCCAGAACUUUGACAAGCUGUACAGCUUCUUUGCCGGGCAGCCGGUUAAGGUGAUGAAUGGCUCUACGAUUACCAUUAACGAUCACCCGCUUGCCCGCGACUAUUGCAUGCUAUUGAUGGCCAAAAAGUUUGUCAGUCAAUCGGAGACCGCCAUCUCCAGCAAUCCGCAGGCGGCGUUUCCCUUUGCCUCGGUGAUCAUUACGUUCUGGAAGCUGUUGCCCGACUUUGGCAAGAUCUUCCUGGCCUACAUGUACAAGGAGUCGCCCUUCCUGGUGCCCUAUGUAAUACCCCAACAGCAGGGACAGACCCCCGAGCAGUACUUGAAGACGAUAGGCUAUCGGCUGUCGGACAAAAACGAACUGGAGAAGCCGGACAUUUACCUGAAGCGCCAGACGGGAGUGGUGCGCCUCUACGCAGCUGUGAUCAUUACCCAAGGACGCAAGGCAGCCGGGCCGGAUGAGUGCUUUGAGCUGAACGAGGGCUGGCUCUGGCUAGCACAUAUGGUGAGAGUGAAGCCAAUCCCCGACAUCAGUGCCACCAUGAUCAUGGAGAUGCUGCAGACCCUCGGCUUUGAGCUGUGGCGCUCCUACGGCAAGCAGUUUAUGAAGCUGCUGGUUUACAUCCAGAACAUCUACAUGCCCCAGCUGGCGGCCCAUGACGAGGGCGGUCCCAAGACGCGGCUGGAAAUGCUCCUGGCCAAGUUCCUGCGCGAGCGGCAGAUUCCCCAGGCCAUCGGUGUCUUGCCGCCAGGCUUUUGGUAGUUUUACGAUUUAGUUAUGUUGUGUUUAAUUUUAAAUAUGUGUAAUUUAUAGAACAAAAAUUAAAGUUAUUAUUAAAGUUCUAA